GUACACCACGGACGUUCGGUAACUCCGACACGAACAAGUCAUGGAUGCCAGCUACCAAUAUCUCGAACCAGAACAUCACCAUGCCCAAGCCGGGAAGGGGCGCCACUUGGUGCAAGGUGUGCGGCAAGUUCUGCUACAACGACCAGCUCGAGAAGUUCGACUACACGUGCCAGUACUGCAGCAACUUCCUCAAGGGACGCCCCAAUGGCUCACGGCUGGCCGAGGCCUCACAGAGAGUUGAACGUGCUGAAAUUGCGUUGGCCAAGGUUGCUGAGCGCGUUCUCCGAUUGGAGAAGGAGCUGGGCACGGCCAUGGACCAGUACAAGGAGCACGCGGCCAACCUGGCAGAG